CCGGCUCCGGAGGAGGCAGAGCGCGGCCGGGCGCUCUAAGAGCUCCGCGGGCGCCGAGCCCCCGGCCCCGGGCACCGCCCCACGCCGCCGCCGCCGCGGGAAGAUGGCGAGCAGCAGCCUGUGCAUGCUGCUCCUGCUUUGCGUGGGGCUCCUGAGCUAUCCUGAUGUGUCUGGAAUCUCCAUUGAAACAGAUAACAAAAAUGUAAAAGCAGAGGAGUUCAAAGAGGCUAUUCUUAGUUGCAAACACAAAUUUUCAAAAGGGAUGAGUUUAAGAAUAGAGUGGAAGAAAAUCCAAUCUCAAGGAGUCUCAUUUGUCUACUACAACAGUGAAUUUACAGGUGAUCUUCGAGGCCGAGCAGAGAUGCUGAAUACAGGAAUCCGAAUUAGGAACGUGACCAGAAGGGAUUCUGGGACCUACCGCUGUGAAAUCAGUGCCAAGAGUGAAGAGGGGCAACGCCUGGGAGAGGCUACAAUUACUCUCACAGUAUUGGUUGCUCCGACUACUCCGGUGUGUGAGGUACCCAGCUCCGCAAUGACAGGAACGGUCGUGCAGAUGAGUUGUAAGGAAACUGAGGGCUCCCCUCCAUCGGAGUACCAGUGGUACAAGAAUGGUGUUGCCUUGCUGGAGAAGACAGGAACAGGCAGUGCUAGAGCAGCAAACAUAACUUACACCAUGAAUAAAAAGUCUGGCACUCUGCUGUUUAAUACAGUUACAAAGAAUGACACUGGAGAGUAUUUCUGUGAAGCCUCCAAUGGGAUUGGAUUAUCUCAGAAAUGCUCAGUGAAGCGAAUGCAAGUUGAUGACCUUAAUGUAAGCGGUAUCAUUGUGGCUGUAGUAAUUGUGGCUCUGGUGAUGGUGCUGUGUGGCCUUGGAGUAUUCUAUGCCCAAAAAAAGGGCUACUUUGCAAAGGAAAGUUCUUCCCAAAAGAAGACAAACUAUCAAUCUACAAGUGAAAAGGAUUUCAAGCAUACCAAGUCCUUUGUUAUUUAGAAGAUUUCAGCCUCUGUGAGGGACAUCAAAUUACUACUUGUUAUACAAAAGUAUCAAUGUCCUGGUUUCAGCUGGGAUAAUUUUCUUCAUAGUAGCUGUGUUUUGGAUUUAAUAUGAGAAUAAAGUUGAUAACACACUGAUGUUUUAGUUGCUGCUGAGUAGUGCUUACUCCAAGUCAAGGAGUCCUCAGAUUCCCAUGGUCUUCUAGUGAGGAGGACAAAAGAAGCAGGGACAAGGCACAGCUGGGACAGCUGAUCUGAGUUGUCCAAAGGGAUAUGCACAGAAUCACAGAAUCAUCAAAUAAGCUGAAUUGGAAGAGACCCAUCAAGAUCAUGAAGUCCAACUCCUGGCCCUGCACAAGACACCCCAGGAAUCACACCAUGUGCCUGUCACGUUGUCCAAACAUUUCUGGAACUCAAGCAGGCUUGGUGCUUGGUGACUGCCUCCACGCCAGAACAUCACACCCAGGAUUUAAACUGGGGACCUUGGCCAGGAGGAGCCAACUGCUGCUGGGGAACAGGCUGGUCUUCAGUCUGUGGGUGGUGAGAAACUGUUGUGCAUCACUUGCCUUUCUUGGGCUUUACUCCUCUCUCUCCUUUUCACUACAAUUCAUAUUAUUGUUGUUUUUAUUAUCAUUAGUAUUAUUAGUAUCUUAUUUUACUUUGUUUCAAUUAAACUGUUGUUUUCUCAACCCACUAGUUUUACUUUUUUUCCCCAGUUCUCCCACUGGACUGGGGUGGGGACAGUGAGCAAGCAGCCACAUGGGGCUGAGCAGCUGGCAGUGCUUUUUGGCAUCCAACGUGGCACUCAAAAGGUUGAGCUAAAACCAGAUCUGACUAGAGCAUGGUAAAACAAGUUUGUUAUAAGCCUUCAUUGUAUUGGUUUAAUAGUUGCUGGUCACCAUAUCGAUUCAUUUGCUCUAGGCCUGGGCUAAGGUUAUCACUGUGUUGUUCUGUGUUGUACUGGCUUGUGAUAUGAUAGAAUGGCUGGUCAUGAGCCUGUCUGGUGUGUGUCCCCACUGUCCUUUGGGAGCCAUCUGCUGGAAACUAUCCACAGUUACAGCUACUGCCUUUUACCCUCAGAGAGCCAACCCAUGGGAAAAACACCUUCCUUCCCCUCCAGGAUGAUUACAAUAGCAUUUGAGAAUUUUAAAGACUUUGCAUAUCCGGUGACUACCCUUGAAACCAACGUGGUCCUUUUGGUAACAAUCGGUAUGUUGCUGCAUAUGGUUCAGGCCUUCUUUAGGGUUAGGAAAUGAUCUGUGACAAUCAAAACCUCACUGACAUGUACUGUACCGACACAAACUUCAGUAACAGGAUAACAAGAGGCAACCACUCAAUCCUUAUUCCUGAGUGAGCUGCAGGAUAUACAUAAAUAUUUAAGCUGUUGAACUGAUGAGCACACUACCACUAGCUCUUGUGAUGCUGGGAUAACAGGACUAACGGAUUGGAAUUAGAGCAUAGGAAUCACUUUCUAAGAAAGCAAGCAUUGACAAGGUGAUUGCAAGAGAGACACAAGUCCCCAGCCUCUGGAAGUGACUCCUGUCAAGCCUGAAGGAAAGGUAUCCUUACAAGAAUGAUACUACAUGUCAUCAUGCAAGUGGAAAGAUAUCCAGUACUUGAGGGAAUUAGCCAUGCUAGAGAUUUAUUUUGACCUGGACAAUACAAGGUCCCCCACAGAUCCAGACCAAUUCAUUUGCACAUGACCCAUGUGGUGGAAGUUUAUAGAGUGUACCAAGAGUACACACCAACCCACUGGCAACAUUAAUCUGAAAAGACAUCAUACCACCAUCUGUGGAUACAGUGGCUUGCCAUUUCUGGGAAUUUGAAGACAGCCUCUCUUCCUCUCUCAUCUGUGGAGAAACUAUUCGAUAAACUAUCCCAGGAGUUUCAUCAGUUCAAAGAGGUUAUGUUCUAUUCCUCACCUCUACAGACCCAUGCUAAUGACAGUAAGCAUUGGCGCAAGAGGGAGGAUAUGGAAGGGACACGCCAUGGGAUACCCUGUGGGUUUAGCUGAGAGACCACAGAGAAGGCAUGAAGAAUUGGGAUGGGAGACCUACCGCAACCCUAGAGACAUGAAUUGUAAAGAAAACAAUCCCAAAUGGGGGUUCUUCCAGAAAAGCUGCUACUCCCUUCUCCACUGGAUGGUUUCCCAGGCAGAGUGGAAGGGCUAAAUUUACUCCUGAUCCUAUGGAAAGAAAUUCUAAUCCAUUUCUUCCAAAUGUAAGCUUAGAUGUGGGUUUUUUGAAAAUGCAUAUUCCAAACUAGUCUGAUUGUAAGCCCUUUUUAUCAAUGAUUCAGAAGAAUGAUUUCACAUGGGGCCCUGAGCAACACCAAGCUUUUCAACAGAAUAAACUAGAAAUACUUGGAAAACACUCACAGAUGCUUGGGCCAAGGAACAUGACAUUUAUAGAGGAACAUGAGUAUAUUGUAUCAUGCACCAGCUGAGAAAGCCACAUGAUCCAAUGGACUGUUAGACUACACUGAGAGCAAUGGCCAGAAGGAACCUUCAAACAUUGGGAUGCACAUUGACAAAGGCCACCUGGUGAGUCAGCACUAGAAGAUCUGCCAAGUGGGCUGGCCCUGCCCAAUCAAAACUUUUACUGUAGAAGAAAAUAAAGUUCCUAUAGUGCACAUGAAAACUGUGCUGUGGAAGACAGUCUGGGUUGUUCCUGCCUUGGGCAAAGGCAAACUCACCUGUGGGACUGUUUUUGCUCAAGGGCUUGGGCACACUUGUUAAGAUGAGCGAAUGGGCAAGUCUGGUUUGUGCAGGGUGGAUUUCACUGAAUAGCCAGUGCAUUAUGUGAUGUUAAUUGCUGAGAAAUGCUGUGUAUUAGCACUUCUACAUCAGCUGCAUGCCCACGAUUGCACUGGGCACCUCAAGGUGCCUGUCUCCACGCCUCCAGCUUUGGGGAUCUGAACCCAGCUCCCUUUCAACUGCUAUAUUAAUGAACUUCGUUGUAACUGGACAAGCAGGGCAGUGACGGAAUCAGAACUGGCUUCAACAUGCAACAGUCCAACACCAGACACCCUCUUUCCUUCCCUGAAAGACUGUUUAUGACACUCACAAGUCAUGAUUGUGUAAGCCAAAAGUCAUGACUGAAUGAAGUCAAUAGACUUCUACAGGGAUUGUCUAUAGAUUAAGGAAAUGGUAUCUGUGUGUGCAUCUAUAAAAAGAUGGGAAAGGUGCUGGUAUAUUGGGAAGUGUGGGAUCCAGUGUGACGUAAAUGGUAUGGAGUAAGCAGCUGGUACUUUUCUGGUUUCAGCUGGGAUUUAAUUUUCUUCCUAAUAGCUGGUACAGAGCUGUUUUUUUAAUUAUUAUUAAUGUCAAUAACACAAUAAUGUUUCAGUUGUUGCUCAGUAGUACUUACCCCAAUUCAAAGACUUCUCAGUGUCUGAUGCUCUGGCAGUGAGAAGGUGCUCAAGCCACAAGGGAACAGGGCCAGGACCCUGACCUGAACUGGACAAAGGGACGAAACAUCAUGCCCAGUAUUUAAACUGGGGGGAAGUUGGCUGGGAGGGGCCAUUUUGCUGCUGGGGAACAGGCUGAGCAUCAGUCAGUGAGUGGUGAUGAGCACUUGUGCUCUGCAUCACUUGUGCUUCUCAGGUUUUCUCUUUCUCUCUUUUCCCCAUAUUAUUACUUUGGUUCAAUUAUUUAAGUGCUUUAUCUCAACCCAAAAAUUUUGUUUCUAAUUCCCUUCCCUACAGUAGGAGGAAGGGACAGGGAGUGAGCCAGAGGCUAUGAGAUGCUUAGUUGCUGGCUAGGGUUACACCACAACACCAAGGGAUCUUUUGGCCUCUGCUCUGUAAAUAUUCCAUGUCUUACAUGCUGAAAAUAGAAACUGCGAAUAUUUAGUCAACCUAGCUGUGAUGGCAUUUAAAAAAAAAAACCAAUCCCCAAAUAAACUUAAAGACAAAUUAACUUGUAUAUUCAAUUUAGUUCUGUCUGAAAGCUUCUCAUUUUGUUCAUAUGUACAUGCAGCAAUACAAGAUUCACUCUUGCAGCUUGGAACAAUCUAUUCAAAUAGUUUUCAUAGAUGAUCUCACUACUUGUGUCUCAACCAUCAUCAAGGGCUCAAUUUCUCCUGCAAUUCUGUUUUAUUAGGACUUAAAGAGAUGAUUUUGGCAAAUCUGAUACAAUUUCAAAGCGUGUAGAAGUAAACUCACUAUGCUGACGAAAUAAAUCUUCCUGUAAUAAAAGCUCAAGCAGUGCUUCAGUGUUCAAUGUGGAAGUCUCUCUCUCUGUAGACUGCAUAUGUAGUUUCAUUCUGAAGAAAAAUCAUGUCAAUACAAUUCAAACUGUAGUAUGAAGACUCUGUCAAAGUGUUUAUGUAGUUUCUCAGAUAUAAUUAUUCUAAAUAAAUAGCUCCUCAGAA